ACUCUAGAAAUAAAAGAAAAAACAAAAUCCUAAGAUCUCUCUACUCCUCUCAAUUCAAAAAAAGCCCUCUUUCUCUCAAUUUUAAAUUCAAUUCAGAAAAUCGAAAAACUCUCUCAUUUCAUUCAGAUCUCAAAAAACUUAUUUCCGAGCACACAGAGAAAAAAAAUCUAAACAUGGCGGUGGCACCGACGGCGCGUGAGGAGAACGUAUACAUGGCAAAGCUGGCGGAGCAGGCCGAGAGGUAUGAAGAGAUGGUUGAAUUCAUGGAGAAGGUCUCCAACUCCCUUGGCUCGGAAGAACUAACCGUGGAGGAGAGAAACCUUCUCUCCGUCGCGUAUAAGAAUGUGAUCGGAGCGCGUAGGGCAUCAUGGCGUAUCAUUUCAUCGAUCGAGCAAAAGGAAGAGUCUAGAGGAAAUGAGGAACAUGUUAACUCUAUCCGCGAGUACAGAUCUAAGAUUGAGAACGAGCUCUCUAAGAUCUGUGAUGGCAUUCUCAAAUUGCUUGAUUCUAAGCUUAUUCCUUCUGCAACAUCUGGUGAUUCUAAGGUUUUUUACCUGAAAAUGAAAGGAGAUUACCACCGCUAUUUGGCUGAGUUCAAGACCGGUGCUGAACGUAAGGAGGCUGCUGAGAGUACUCUCACUGCCUACAAAGCUGCUCAGGAUAUCGCAUCUGCUGAGCUUGCCCCAACACAUCCCAUCCGACUUGGACUGGCUCUUAACUUCUCUGUGUUUUAUUAUGAGAUCUUGAACUCUCCCGACCGUGCUUGCAAUCUUGCCAAACAGGCCUUUGAUGAAGCAAUUGCUGAGUUGGACACAUUGGGAGAGGAGUCUUACAAGGAUAGCACUUUGAUCAUGCAACUUCUUCGUGACAAUCUCACUCUCUGGACCUCCGAUAUGCAGGAUGAUGGGGCUGAUGAAAUCAAGGAAGAUCCCAAACCUGAAGAAAAAAAUUGAGGGGAAUUGAAACCCUCUAAUUUGCUUUUCACUUCUCCCCCAGUUGUUUUAAUUGGGAGAAGCUGAUUAUCAUAAUUUCCUUGCUAGUAUUAUGGUUUUCCAUUAAGAGGUUCUCUUCUUAUUGGCAACAAACAACUUUUAUAUUGAUGUUUUAAAAGUUCCAUCUUUUAAUUUAAUGUGGUUCUUGAGGUUAA